AUGGCAACCCCAGCACCAUCAAUUCCGAACCAUCCUAACGGAUGGAUAUCUCUAGCACUGCCGGGCCAAGAUGUGUUUUCAAACGGGCUCAAUGCUCUUACGGACGGCCUAGUGCUUUUCAGGCCGCGACCUAUCUCUCGGGAGGUGGAUGGCUCGUACUAUUGCGACAUUGAGUGGAAUGACAUACAGAGAGGAGAGUGGAAAGCUAUCUGUAGGUUCCGCAUUCGCGUUACGGCUAUCAUUCGUUAUACGGUGGAGCGAGUCGGCGCUGCUCCCGAUAGCCCCCGGAUAUUCGUCGAAGGCUCUGAGCUCGCACUGGGCGAAGUGCGCUCCAUGCGUCAUAGAGAGAAGAUGUCGUUCCAAUGGGGAACUCGACCGAAUAAGCUCGAGUAUCCAUUCGAGUUCAGACAAGUCACGACCGCCGUCUUAUAA